AUGGCAACAAGAUACCGUAUCUACAGUAUAGGCUUCGCCCAUGGCAUAUCCCAGGAGGAGCAAGAGGGUAUAUACCAAGACCUAUGCAACCGAAACGAUCCAACAUCGUUGAUUGAGGGGUUCGCUUUUGGAAGGGAAGAUCCCUGGAACUUCCCUCCGGAGGCCAUAGGCACAGAAGCCUAUGUCAAGAAGGGCUGGCACGAGCCAGACCGAUACCCACACUUCACCGUGGAACUACGGUAUACGUUUCUCUAUGGCGAGUACAAGCGGGUGGCGACCGCCCAUGUGUACAAAGACUGGUCGGAGACGAUAGAAUUCGCAGGCGCUGCGUGGUCGUCACGCUGGUACAAGAAGUAUCGCGAUCAGCGCUAUAUUUUCUGGGAUACGAGAUUGCGACGACCUCAGAAUAUCUUGGAACCGCCUGGCGGACCGCUUCCUCGAUAUGCCCUUCCAAGCGCAAGCUGUAUUUGA